ACAAAAAGAAACAAGGAGGAAAUUCCUUACUUACGGAAUGGAAAUGAUUUCAUUAAGGACAGACUUCCAAUGGAUGUCUGUGCAAUAUGGAUGGCCCAUGUUGAUGAUACUCAACAGUCUACCUAAACUCGAAUCUACCAACUGGUGGUUGGAUGUAGCAUAGCUCAGAUGCUUAGAACUGAAGAAAUUUCUUCAAGUAACCAAGGGAACAUGACUCUCAACUGUGAGAAAGACAACCACUUCAUCUUCAUCAGCUCAACAAGCUAUCCUAGAUGAUGAAGCAGCUCUGGAUUGAUCGCCGGAUCCAAUCCCUCUUCCCUGUUGCAUUGGUUUCUCUUCUAGUCGUAGGAACUGCGCGGCUAGUCCUUGACAACUUGAAGAGCAACCACAGCCAGGCUUUCCGGUUAUAUGGCAGGGCAAGGGCAGAAAAGCAUAGGAUACCACUUGUUAUUUCUCCCGAGGAUCGUAUUCAAGAAGGAUGCAAUGUCUUUGAAGGGGAAUGGGUGUGGGACAAUGAGUCAUAUCCUCUUUAUACAGAAGAGAGCUGCCCCUACUUGGUUAAACAGGUGACUUGCCGGAGGAAUGGGAGACCUGAUUCCUUCUAUAAGAAUUGGAGGUGGCAGCCUAAUGGAUGUGAUCUCCCAAGGUUCAAUGCAUUGAAGUUGUUGCAGAUCUUGAGGGGUAAAAGACUGAUGUUUGUUGGAGACUCUGUACAGAGAGCUCAGUUUGAAUCAAUGGUCUGUUUGGUACAGUCUGUAAUUCCUGAAGGAAAGAAGUCCCUUCGAAGAGUUCCCCCCAUGAAGAUCUUCAGAGUUGAGGAAUUUGAUGCGUCCAUUGAGUAUUACUGGGCCCCAUUUAUCGUUGAGUCCAACUCGGAUCAUGCAACGAAUCAUACUGUACUAAAACGGUCGGUCAAGCUUGAUUCCAUAGCUAAGCAUGGCAAACAGUGGGAAGGAGUUGAUGUGCUGGUAUUUGAGAGCUAUGUAUGGUGGAUGUACAAGCCUCUGAUCAAUGCAACUUUUGGAUCUCCAAAUCAUGUUAAAGAAUAUAAUGUGACCAAGGCGUACAGAUUGGCUUUAGAAACUUGGGCAAGUUGGAUAGAUUCCACGAUCAAUCCUCAAACUCAAACGGUGUUCUUCAUGAGUAUGUCUCCAACACACCUGUGGAGCUGGGAAUGGAAGCCUGGAAGUGAUGGAAACUGCUUCAAUGAGUCAUACCCAAUCCAAGGUCCAUAUUGGGGCAGUGGUUCAAGCCUCCAGAUCAUGGAGAUCGUACAUAACACAUUGCAACAAUUAAAACGCAACGUAACACUUCUGAAUAUUACACAGUUGUCUGAGUUUCGAAAGGAUGCUCAUACAUCAAUUUAUGGGGAACGCAAGGGGAAGCUCUUGACCAAGGAACAGAGAUCUGAUCCGAAACAUUUUGCCGAUUGCAUACACUGGUGUUUACCAGGAGUCCCUGAUACUUGGAACGCAAUUUUGUAUGCAUAUUUGUUGAAAAAUCAUCGCAACUUUUAGUAACUUCAACCUUGACCAAAAAAAUGCGAUUUGACCCUACAAAAAUUUGGAGGGCCUCAUCACAUAAUGAUACUGAGGAAGAAAAUUGCAAUCUUUUUUUUUUUUUUUUUUGAAGA